CACACAUCGCGGUUUGUUUGCGUUUGACAGUUUAUCGACAUUUUAUAACUUCGUUGUAAUCAGUCAUUCACAUACGUCUUCAAGUUGGAGAAACUCAUCUUAUUCGUCGUCGGGAUUAUGCAAUGGACUGCAAUGUGAUGAAACCUCUGCCAGAGUUCUCUCAGAUUGCCACAUUGCCUUACAUUGAGUAUGAACGAGAAAUGACGAGUAUCCGCUCACAUUGCGAUUGCGAAGAUUGCGGAGAUUCUGGGCAUUCUCAUCAAGUAACCACAACUGAAGUUUAUCCCGAUAACCCGAGCAACCCUACCCUUUUGGUAAACAAAAGUAACCACAAAAAUAAGAGCCCCUUGGUGUGGGGAGAAGAUAUUACCUUCCUGGAUCAUCAUCAGCACGAUAACAGGGUUGGCGAAACUUCUGGAUCGUCACACUACAUGAGAAAUACUACAGAAGUUGUCGACCAAGAUAAUAAAUCGAUCCUGCAACGGCAACUGCAGCACUGUGAUGAAACUAACAACAAACUUGAACUAACAACAAACAUGGUUUCAUUGUCGGAAUUAUCGGACAUGGGCGUGAUGGAAUCAGACAAGUACAUCAGUCUUUCUGGCUUUAAUUUCUUCCCAAAAGAUGAAGAAACGGAAGAUUUGAACGAUAUAUGCUCUUCAUUGCAAUUAGUGGAUCAAAGCAUGGUUGAAACACAUCCUUGCACUGUGGACGAAAUCCAGCAUUCUUCUGUUGCUGCUACUCCGGCACCAGAAGACCCACCUCCAUUGACUCGAGUUGGACUUCGCCGUACACGUAAUGCUUCCCGGCGAAUGUCGGUUAUGCACGGAGACGAUAAUUCAUUUUGCAGUCAAUCAGAAUCUAUUACUGAAAAUACCCGGAAACGUAACAUGUCUGAACAUAGUAUGAUGAGUGGAGGUAGCUAUGACGAUCCGGAUAGCCCGUACAAUGGUAGCGGGCGGAGAAAGAGACGGCGCUAUGAGGAAGAUCCAUCAGAAGAUCCAGCCUUCGAGAAGAGUCGUAAGAAUGCCAUCAUCGCUAAGAGAAAUAGAGAAAAAAAGAAGGCUCUUAUGGACGAUAUGGAAAAGCGUUGCGACAAACUUACAACCGAUAAUAAUCAGUUAGAAUCUGAUAACGGAAAGCUACGUCGUCGUGUACAGACUCUCGAAGAAGAAGUCUACUACCUGAAAAGCGUCUUAGCCAACGAAAGUUCCCUGUCCAGCGUUUUGUCUAAUUUGAAAGGCGCUGAUAGCCUACGGUUUUCGACCAGCUUUGAUCCAUCCAAAUAUAACAAAAAACAGAUUGGAUCAUCAUCAUCCUCUAGCCAUCUCAAAGUAUCUGGUGGGCUAUGCCUUCACGUUGAUGGACAUCAGGUCUCUAUGGAAUUGUGUGCUCAAUGUUCUCAGAUGGCUUGUGGAGCUGGCCGCUCGAAUGAAGUGAUAGGGAAGAAUAAACGGUCGGUUUGAAUUCAGGUUUUUUGCAUGUUUAUUUGAUAAUAUUCUGUCAACCUUGCUCAAUUUUAUUCUGUAUGAACAAUAUGUUAAAAUAAAACAGUGAAUUUCGAUAUU